CUCAGACCUGGGGAAAAAGAGAGAGCCAUGCCAGCCGAGCUAAAAAAAGAUUCACGUUCUACAUUCACGCUUGUCUGUGGUCAUCUGUCUAGCCGUAUCUGCCUCAACCCUGACCCACGAGAUGACCAGCGGAGGCUCAGAGGCGAUCUAAAAACUCAGCCCAAGCAUUCUAACAUCAGAACCAAUAACAACAACUCCACUUACAAUAGCAAUGACAAUCAAGAUGGUAAUAAUGCGACCAAUGAGCAAAGAAUACAGGAAAACAAUGAUGGAAGCAGCGGUGAAGGGAAUGCUAAUAUAAUGGAUGUCGAUCCAGUUCUCAGUCAGGGAAAGAAGGGACUCAUCGAUAACGCCCCACCCAGCUCUACAACACCCUCAGAAGCCAAGAGGACAGCGAGAUCGGAAUUUGGAGCCAUUCAUAAGCAGACUCUCCAUAACCAGGGAUCGACACUAGCAUCAGACUUGUCUAUUAUCGGUUUCAUGAAGCUAGACGCCGUGCGGUCGCCACCAGUCAUAUCACGCCAUUGGAUUGUAAUGGAUCGUCCUGAAGAACAGGACGCAAUCGCUAAGACCAAUGUUAAGGAAGAGCUGGCAAUUGAAAAUAACGAUAGCUCCUUGCCUAUUAAACAGCCAAAGCCAGAAGACUCUCUGGUAGUGACCUUAUUUCCUCCACAUCCCCCGCCUCCCCCGCCUCCCAGUAGCCAUUUCCCUCCACAGCAGCGCCAGUAUCAACACCAACACCAUCAGCCAAACUUUCAGCUAAAUUUUAACAAUUCUCCAGGGGGGACGCAUAUGUCGAAAAUGCUCUCUACUAACUCGAAGUCGCCUGGAUUCCAUCAAGAUAAUAGUACAAAUAGCAUGCCAUUAGAUCAACCAUCUCACUCUUCAGCCCAACAGCAUACCGUCAAAUUUCCUGGCGGAAAAAAAAAUGAAAAAGGUAUCGAAUCUUGGGGCUCCUCCGAGAAUUUAUCCCAACAGCACCUGUACUCAAUCCUCUAUAAAGCCCUAGAACAGGAAUCUAUGGUUGCCAUUGUGGCAUUGCAGUAUCCAGAUAAGAAUUGCACACGUCUACGAAAAUGGAGGCGAACACAUGAAGAUUCACAGCAUAAGAACCCAAAGCCGACGUCAUCAUCAUCUACAACAGCUAGCUUAUUAUCCAAGAGGCUCUCUCACUCACAGGGAGCUUCGCCAAGCCUGUCUGCGCCAGGGGUAUCAGACAUGGGUUUGUUGAGCUCCAGCCCCACUUUUAGCUCAUUGACUGGAUCAGGAUUAAUUUCCUCAACAGGAAGCGUCCUACCUAAAGAUGAUCCUAGUUUCGCGACAGCCAUGGCUUCGCUUUCCAAUGUUGUCGAGUCAGACCGCAAUUGGUAUGGUCUAUUGAUGGCGGCAUCCCAUUUUUUUGCUAGUCCAUUCCACUCUGCCCCAGUACAUAUGAAUGGCCGUCAUGACGAUGAUAAUCAUUCGGAGAAAUUCGUGCUCCUGAUCUUGCCAAAAAGUACUGUCACAUCAAGUGCUCCCUGGAUCCCCGAUUUAAACCAUGACAAACCUCAAUUCCCUUUACGGGUGCCGCCAUUGGAAACACAACUCAUGUUUAUGCACUCGUCAAAAAAGGCUAACAAUGCCUUGUCUAACACGAGCUUGAUACAGAACGUGGCAUUAAUCGCGCGAGAUAUGGAACAAUUUGGCAAUAUCAAGACAAUCAUGAGAAAUAUCCGAUCAAACUUGCCAGCACUGUUUUUCAAAGAUGGCCAUGGGGCUACACCAAAACUUUGGAACAGGAAUGUAGCACAGAAAAUCCAGCACAAUUUUAUCAGUUUACGCAGAAUCAGCGAUGUGUACGGUUACAAGAGUGGUGUCAAGUGCGCAACCAGGUUGCUCAACACCACUUUGAGCAACUUUGAACAUGACACUGUGGCGCAUCAACUCCUCUCACAUUUUAUUCAACAUUUGUUAAAAGCGUAUGGUAAAGAUGGUAUCAUGGACGAGUUCGACGCGCGAGAUUUUGAGAAAGAAAUGCAAAGCCGAGCUUCUAGGAGGCGAGACGCUCCACUAAUCAGCCCCACACUGUCUGGUCCCAUAAAAGUAGUGGGAGCGACCGAAGAUGAUAAGAAUGGCGGCAUUGUUAAGACGGAAAAAAAUAGAGCAAAAAUUGAAAAUAAUGCGUCUGCUGAUCUUCCAGUACUCGAUAGCACAGCGUUACAUCCAACUAAUACCGAGCCACAUGAUGAAGACGAAGGAGCAGACGAGAACAUGGAAGGGGGCAGUGUCCUCAUUCGGCCUAUCAUUGCCCAAAGUCCAGAUGCUGUUAAGCAACAGAAAGCUGAAGAUACCAUCGACAAGUUCACGGCUGCUGCGAUCGAGCAGGAGCAAGAAUCCAAACAGAGUUCACAGCAGCAGCAGCAACCCUUGGUACAGGAUCACCCCAGACGCACUUUGGAGGCAGAAGACGAUAUUGAGCAGGACUUAGUCUUGGAGCAAUCGUCUGUUCCACAGACCCAUCGACCACCUACCCAACCUACAUCAGAUUCUAUCCCAUCACAUACGCUACCCGAAUCCCCGCAACAGCAUAAACGCACUGUGUCGGGGGAUCAGCUUGAGCCAAAGCUGAUGGGCUCUGGCUUGACUCCACAAAAGCGAAGACGUCAAAUUCUAGAUGAUGCUAGCGAUGCAGCCUCAUCUGCUGUGAAUAUUCCAGAGAGGACCUCAAUUCCACCUAGGGAUAUGCCACAGCCUGGAGGAGCCACGCCUCAUGAAAGUUCAUCUGUCUUGAGCAUACUAAGAAAUAAUGGAGAACAAGGGGGGCCGACUGCCAUAAGUGUCAAGAAAGGAGCGAAGAAAUCAAAGCGCAUCAAGGCAGAGCAAACAGAUAAUGCUGUUCCUCAGGAUCUUUAUCGGGAACCUGUAAUAUUAUCGGAUGACGAAUCUGUCGCUACGAAGCAGGAACUAGACAAAGCAAUGCCAACAGCCUACUAUCCUAAUCCUGCUACAUUUGCCCAGGUUAAUCAGCGUGUCGAAUCAGAUCAAAUACAGACGGAUAGUACCCGCCUCCAGCACUCUCCACCUCCUAUUCAGCAAAUGAAAGCUAAAGCAAGUAAGAAACAAACUAAAGCCUCGGAGCAAACAGCUCUGCAGCAGCGACUGCAACAACAACAACAGCAGCAGCAGCAGCAUCAGGCUGAAGAGCACCAACAGAAACGACAACAGCAUACAGAGACAUCUCAGCAGCAAGCUCAACAACUACUACAGCCACAACAGUCACCAAUACCAUCACCACAACAACAGCAGCAGCAACAGCGACAGUUACCACCGCCUACAUUUGUCAAUCAACAUCAAAGGACUCCAUCCGGAACCCCUCAAUGGCUAGCUGCUAACACAACGCCGAGUAUACUCUCGAACAUCAAAGUUGCAGGGCGUAACAAGAAAGCUAGUACAAAUACGCAGGCAUCACAGUCUUCCCAGCAGCCUCCACAUCAGGCCUUGCAAGAGCUUCCACAGCAAUCUCCUCAACAAACCCAACAGCAUCCCUCUCAGCAGCCUCAACUGCAAAUUCAGCAGCAACUACAACAGCAAUAUGACACACAUCAUCCAUAUACGCAACAGCAACCACAGCGGCAGCAAGCACAUCACAUUCAGCAGAUGCAGCAACCACCAAUACAACAGCAACCACAGCAGGCUAUACACAUGGCGCCUUCUGCUUUCAAAGAAGAGCGAUCACCGAUGGUUGCCACAUCUCCACGCUCCCACAUGCCUCUGAAUACGGCAUAUCGCCCAGAGCAUCACUCUGGCAGCCUAGAGACCCAGCAACGUCGUCAAAUAGAAAUGACGGACGCAGUUGAUUCACGACAAUUGAACCAUGACUCAAAGUACAUGACCCAUCCAGCUCAUCAAGUAGGAGUAUUAGAUCCAGCGGCGCAUCCCUCUGGGACACGCACCCCACCUCUGCACCAAAGGUCGCCAUCCGGUCAAGGCACUCCACUUGAGCAGAUGCAUCCGAGUCAAGUAGUUGGAGAUGUGCACUACACUUCAUCGUCCUCACGGCAUCACCGCCAAGCCUCAGGAGGAUAUCCACCAGGUGGAGUGUUUCAGCCUAUAGAGAAGCCUUUACAACGUCCAGAGAUAAAGGCUGAUCAUCUUCAGAUAAAGCAGCAAGAGUAUGAGUAUCAGCAAAAGCAACGUUAUCUGCAGCAACAGCACCAGCACCAGCACCAGCACCAACAGCAACAGCAACAGCAACAGCACCAGCAGCAACAGCACCAGCAGCAACAGCAGCAACAGCAACAGCAACAGCAGCAGCAACAGCAGCAACAGCAGCAACAGCAGCAACAGCAGCAACAGCAGCAACAGCAGCAACAGCAGCAACAGCAACAGCAACAGCACCAGCAGCAACAGCAGCAACAGCAACAGCAGCAACAGCAACAGCAGCAGCAACAGCAACAGCAACAGCAACAGCAACAGAUUCAGCAGCAGAGAGUGCAGCAAGAACGAGCCUUGCAACAUCAAUAUGAGCAUCAUGAUCCAUCCCUUCCUCAAUCACGCGAGUCUCUUCCUCUGGAAGCCCAAAUAGAAUGGGGACAUGGGCCAGAUUAUGGAGCGCAGUAUGGUGGGCAUUCGAAAAAUACUUCAAUUGAUGUACAUCGCUAUGGUGGGCCUCCAGCAUCAGCCAAAGAGCCUACUGACUAUUCUCGGACAAUCCGAUACUCUCAGCGGCAGUCCUCUCCUCAACACGUGCUCCCACCACAGCAGCAGUCAUAUCCUGGUCAGGAACAUUUGGCGAAGCAAGGACGUCCACUAGCUCAUGAAAUUAUGCAUCCUGCAGAAUCCGCUCCAGUUGUAAAAAUGAAAGCCAAACCCCAACCAAAGCAAGCCGUAUCCUCAGCUCCAAUGGAUACUCGACUUCGCGAGGAGGAAGAAAUAGCGCAGCGCUAUCAAUAUGAACAAUACGAACAUCAAAUACUUCAAUCACGCCACUCAGCGCAACAGUUGCCUCAACAACAACCAAUGGCCCGCCAUCCAGCACAAGGGCCUUCAGUUCAUCAGCAUGUGACCUCCCCUCAGCAGCAUCAGCCUCCUCAGUACUCAUCAGGUCCUGCACCGGUCCCAGUAACUUCUAGUCGCCAUUCAGCAGCUCAUUCACGAAACAACUCUUUGAAUGGGAACCAGGGCAUAUCGAUGAUGGUAGGCCCAGUAUCCAACCCAUCGUCCAUUAAUAUGGAUCAGCAUGCACUAUCCAGAGACCACCCAGUACGAGUUGGUAGUCCUGGUCCAUCUGGACAUCCAUAUCAUUUGAGCACACAACCUCACAAUAGGAGUAGGGGAUCUUCACCUGCUCUUGGUGGAUAUAGCACAUCUCAUGGACCAGCGCCUAUCCCAACACCUGUUGCUGCUGCUGUUGGACAACAUCAAGGAACUCAUUCUAGGAACCCGUCUGUCACUUACGACAUUGCCCCACCGCCUCGAAGCCAACUCGCAGAUCCUUAUACGCCUCGUCCAAGGCAAUCUCCGAGCACUGGUUCCUAUCCUUCACAGAUAUCCUCCCAACCGACGCAUCCUGGGCAGCUGUCGUCACAGGUACAGUCCCAUCCCGCUCGUGGUAGUUUGGAGUACUCCCAGAUGGUGCAGCGAGAGCAACUUCAGCUUCAGCAACAACAGACGCGACACCCUCAAGAGAUGCAUCCUAAUUUAGGUCAUGGCAUCUCGCGAUCCCAGGAUAUGGUUGUUCAGCACUCUCAGUCAAGAUCACACAAUAGAUCACCUUCUGAUGCCUAUAUGCAGCAACCACAGCAACCACAACAAGCACAGAAGCAUCCGCAAGUGCAACCGCAGCAACAGCAACACUUUCAGCAGCAUCAGUACCAGACAUCGCAUCGACAAGCGGCAUUACCAGGACAACCAGGAGACCACCCAAGGAUGAACCCAUCUCGAGCAGAACAACAAUGGCAUCAGAAGCAAGAGCAAGCACAGCAUCACUCGCAGUACCAUGGAUCACAGCACUCCCAUCAGCAACAGCAUACACAGCACAUACAACAGCCUCCAGCACAUGGACAGCAACAACAACAUGCAUCUUACCAGCAAUCGUCAUUCCAACACCAACACCAUCAACAUCUUAGUCAACCAUCCUAUCAUUCAACACAAGGAGGACAUCCGGAUUAUCAUCCUUCAAAUAACAUUCAAGGGGCACAUUCAACUGAUCUAAGAUAUAACUCUCAUCCUAAUCAGCGUGGCCCUAUUUUCCCUCCAGCAACUGGCCAAUAUGACCCGCAUUCACAAGGACAAGGACAAGGACAAGGACAAGGACAAGGACAAGGACAAGGACAAGGACAGGGGUCAAGUGGGGGCAGUAGCAGCCGUAUAUCUCUUAGCUCACUUUUGAACUGAUAAAUACGUAGUGUUUAUAUUGUAAUAGUCUGCAUCCAACAGUGUGUUUAUAACACAGCAAUUUAAAGAUAUGAUAGACGAUAGAGUGCAUGCUGCCGAUAAAUAGAGACCCACAAUAAGUUGGACUGAAU